GUGCCAGUGGUGCGGUUGGUGUGUGCUGGUAGUGUUUGUGAUUAUCCACCCUGCACUGGGAGAGUAGGGGAGUUACCGAGAGGGGGAGGGGAGGAAUGACACAAAGUAGCACUGGAGGGUGGCACAUUUUCGUAUCGAGUCUAACUGUGACUGUGGCCGGGACUGUCGCGGCUUUUACGCAGAGCGCCGAGUUUUACUUUCCAACGGUCCUCCGUUCUGACGUGACGUGACGCGUCGUUUGACUUUUCUUACCCGUGUGGUGUUCCGUUGCUGCAGUUGCACACGGCAAUCGUGGGAGGCGUAGGGUGGCCUCCUUUGUUCGCUCGCGCUCACAAAAAAAACACACAUAAACAAUCGAUAUUUGCGUUUUACUGCCACGAUGUCGGCCGAAGAGUUGAAGCUGCUGGACGAGCUGUUCGAGAGCUGCCAGUACCAGGACUCGCUGGACAUGAUCGAGAAGCUAACGGACGGACGGGACAGCUGUGAGGUGAAAUGGCGCCUCGCCAGGACCGUGUUUUUCCUCUCCAAGCAGUCCACCAUCGACGACGAGCGGGAGAAACUCGUCCGGGAGGCGUUCGGGCACGCGUCGGCCGCCCUGGACACGGACGGGGACAACUUCGGCGCCAACAAGUGGUACGGCGCCAUCCUGUCCGAGAAGGCCGCCCUGGACGGGGUGACCGAGCGCAUCAAGCAGCUGGAAAACGUGCAGAAACACUUCCAGCGCGCGGUCGCCCUGAACGGGACGUCCGAUCCGGGCAUCUGGCACAUGCUCGGGCAGUUCAACUACAAACUGUCCGAGGUGAACUGGAUCACCCGCAAGCUCAUCAAUUCGGUCGCCCCGAACCCACCGACCGCCUCGUACGCGGAGGCGCUGGAAUGCUUCACCAAGGCCGAAACCAUCAAGCCCGGCUUCUACGCGCUCAAUCUGCUGUACCUUGGCAAGUGCCAUCUGGCGCUGAAGCAGCCGGGCGAGGCGAAAGCGUGGCUCGAGCGGGCCGCCGCCGUCGAGGUGCGGUGCGAGGACGACCGGAUCUGCCGCGAAGAGGCCACCGAACUGUUGCGGAAACUGUAAGAACGCGGGCUGCAUCAAGCUUCGCGUGCUGUGAGCCGUGUGUGUGUGUGUGUGUUGAAGGGAGGGGGGGCGAAAGGGUGCCUUGUUACCACGGACUGUUCGUGCGGUGUGGUCAAAGUAGACCGUGCCUUUUUGGGGUGCACCAUCGCUUGCAAGUGAAUUUUAAAGUGACAAUGCGCAAUGAAGGGCGUUGCGUGCAUUAGGAGAGUUUUAUUUUUUGAAAUUUUGGUUUUACCAAUCAAACCCGCACAAUGUACGCUAGUCGGUUAGCAAAUGUACAAAAGUUUCUAGUUCGUUUUUGUUACACGCGUGUUUGUGAAAUAAAUUGAAAAUCAAUGGCCAUGAAAAUUAA